AUGGCGCCGGGGAACGUGGCGAAUCGUUUGUUGGGAUUCAUAUCCACGAACUUGAAGAAAACAAAACGGCAAUCGAAGAGACUUUCAUCUCGCUUUGUUGUUGGGAAAGAUGAUGAUUUUGAAAAGGAGAAUUUGAAUCUUUCGCGUUCGAAGUCUUUGUCCCCGAAAGAGCGGGAGACAAAGACGACCGAGAAGAAGCGCGCGCGCGAUGAUGCCUCGGUGGUGCGCGAAAUGCGAGAGUACUUGACGAAGCGGGUGAAAGAGGAAGACGGAGGAAAGCGAGAUGAAAAAGGGUACGUGGAAUACUUGGAAUACUUCGAAGCCGCAGAGAAUGUGGUUCGAGAGAAUGAGCGAUUGCGGGAGUUGCUCGCGAAGAAAAACGGCGGAACUGAAACGGACGACGAAGAUGUUCCCGAAUCGGGAACGAACGCGAGUGAAGAGGAGCGGGAACGAGAUGAUGUGAAAGCAUCAACAGAAGGCAAAAAAAAGGAAGAAGUGUCGCAGCCGCCGAGUAGUUUGUGGAACGUCGUCGUACAUAGCGACGACGUAUUCAAAGCGCACAUUCUUCCGAAAUUAUAUGGAAUGCGCACAUCUUUCCAAAGUUGA